AUGGGGAAGCUCGAGGACAACAGCAGCACAAACAUAAACAAUUACACAAACAUAAACAACUACACAAGCGUGAACAACAACAACGAGCGGAUCAUACUGAACGUCGGGGGCACGAGGCACGAGACGUACCGGAAUACGCUGCGCACGCUGCCUGGCACGCGCCUGGCGCUGCUGGCGUCGGAGUUGCCUUCGUCCGCGUGCGCCGUGACGGCGGCCGGGUGUUGCAGCGGCGGGAACAGUCAUGCGCUCGAGCCUCAGCACCAACACCACCACCAGCACCAGCAAAACCAGCUGCAGUUACAGUUACAACAGCAACAGGUGCGCACGCGCGCCAACAACGAGUUCUUUUUCGAUCGACAUCCAGGUGUGUUCGCCUACGUGCUGAACUACUACCGGACCGGUAAGCUGCACUGCCCGGCGGACGUGUGCGGGCCGCUGUUCGAGGAGGAGCUCAGCUUCUGGGGGAUUGAUGAGACGGACGUGGAGCCGUGCUGCUGGAUGACCUACCGGCAGCACCGGGACGCAGAGGAGGCGCUGGACGUGUUCGACAUGAACGCACUGGGCGGGGAGGGGGAGGGGCCGGGGGGCGAGGACGGGGACGAGCUGCGCGAGGCGACGGAGCAGCGCGAGCAGGCGGACAGGGAGCGAGAGGCGGGCUGGAGGAGGUGGCAGCCCGUGGUGUGGAACCUGUUUGAGGAUCCGUACUCUUCACGCGCAGCGCGGUUUGUGGCUUUUGCCUCUUUGUUUUUCAUCAUGGUCUCCAUCACCACCUUCUGCCUGGAAACCCAUGAAGCCUUCAACACCAUCAUAAACAAAACCGACACCUUAAGGAAUGACAGUCUUCUGGAGGUUUCCCCGCAGUAUGAAAUCGAGACAGACCCAGCACUGACCUAUGUGGAGGGUGUGUGUGUUUUAUGGUUUACCUUCGAGUUCCUGGUUAGAGUGACCUUCAGCCCUGAUAAGCUGGAGUUUGUGAAGAGUGUCCUAAACAUCAUUGACUUUGUGGCCAUUCUGCCAUUCUACUUGGAGGUUGGGCUGAGUGGCCUUUCAUCCAAAGCGGCCAAAGAUGUGUUGGGUUUCCUGCGAGUUGUUCGAUUCGUCCGGAUCCUUCGGAUUUUCAAGCUAACCCGUCAUUUUGUUGGAUUGCGGGUUUUGGGUCAUACCCUUCGGGCAAGCGUUAAUGAGUUUUUCCUCCUCAUCAUCUUCCUUGCUCUUGGAGUCCUCAUCUUCGCCACCAUGAUCUACUAUGCCGAGCGUAUUGGCGCUAACCCUAACGACCCCACAGCUAGCCACCACACUAUGUUCAAAAACAUCCCUAUUGGGUUCUGGUGGGCUGUGGUUACCAUGACGACUCUGGGCUAUGGGGACAUGUAUCCACAAACGUGGUCAGGCAUGCUGGUGGGGGCACUGUGUGCCCUGGCAGGUGUACUAACGAUAGCCAUGCCUGUGCCUGUCAUUGUGAAUAACUUUGGCAUGUACUACUCUCUAGCCAUGGCCAAACAGAAGCUGCCCAAGAAGCGAAAGAAGCAUAUCCCUCAGGCCAUCCAGGCCGGGUCACCGGGUUACUGCAGGACUGACUUCAGCAUGGCCUGCAACAGCACCCAGGGUCGUGGGCUAGAGCGCCAUAGAUCAGUGUUAUCUGCAGACUUUAGUGCAGGAAGCGACAUCACAAUGUCCCCAGAGGAGCGGGUGCCAAUGCGGCGGGUUAGCAUGCGUGAGCCUGAUCGACACAGUGGAGGAACCUGCUUCCUGUUGGCACCCAGCGACUAUACCUGCACUGCAGAGACCGCCAUUCGCAAAACAGGUUCAUGCUGGUGCUGUGUGAAAUCUCGAAGUUUAAACAGCAUAGCAGGCUUGGCAGGUAACCUGCACCUGUCUCCAGUGACUACGCCCUACAGCUCGCCCUGUCCAAUCAGACGUGCUCAAUCACCUAUCCCAUCAACCCUCUGAUCACACAGCCAAUCAAUAACCAGCAGCAAUUACUAAGACUAUGGAUAUAUCUCCGUUAAGUGUCCAGUUUAUUAGGUACUUGAACUUUGUAGUUGCA